AUGGUGAGAAAAUCCUCCAUUCUCUUGGCGUGCCUCUUGGCCAUAUUCACAUCAUGUUGCAACUCUUUGCCUCUCUCAGUUCACAAGAGAUGGAUCAUUGAUGAUGCAACAGGAAAACGUGUGAAGCUUCAUUGUGCACAUUGGGUGGCUCAUGCAACGCCAAUGCUUGCUGAGGGUCUUGACAAAUCGCCCAUGAAUGACAUUGCUGCUAAUAUAGCCAAAGCAGGAUUCAAUUGUGUUCGUUUGUCCUAUGCUACGUACAUGUUCACUCGCUAUGCUAAUAACACUGUUCGUGACAUAUUCCACACUCAUGAUAUUCCGGGCAUUGUGUCAGCAAUCGAGAAAUAUAACCCUAGGGUGUUGAACAUGACCCAUCUUCAGGCCUAUGAGGCUGUGGUUGAUGCUCUAGGGGAUCAUGGCGUGAUGGUGCUCAUUGAUAACCAUGUUAGUUUGGCAAAGUGGUGCUGUGCCAAUGAUGAUCAAAAUGGAUUCUUUGGAGAUAGGCAUUUUAACACUUCUGAAUGGCUUCAAGGGUUGGCUUUUAUAGCCCACCAUUUCAAAGGAAAACCCAAUGUGAGUAAUAGAGAAAUAUUUAAGACCCUUGAAGAUGGUAAUUAG